AUGUCUGAAACCCCCUCUCCUUUCAUUGAAUUGCCCGCCGGCAGUCGCGAGCUCUACGUCAACCUGGCGAAUGAAGAGCUUAAAUCCGUCAAAACGUGGACUAUGCAAUUCAAAUUGAACCUUCCUACUUCCUCCGCCGAUAUCCGUUACUUUGAGAACGUCCCUAAGCUUCGAGGGGAGCCUAAUUGGGCAAACUGGCGGAUUAAGUUCCUGGAUGCUUUGAAUGCGUAA